CGCCAGACGCAGAUGAGGCGAUUCUUCCCACAGAUUAGAUGGAACAGAAUACAGGGUGAAGUACAACAAACCAGAGGUCAAAAACACUGCAGCGAAGACUCUGUGCCGUCUGCCUACAUCUAAUCCCAACCCGAUCGAUAGUACCAACCUCGCAAGACGUUUCUGUGUGAGAGAACGCAGGAAGGAGCAGAUCAUCUGAUUUACCAACCUAAUGGACAGACAGCAGCUCACUAAUCAAACUUGCUCUGCAUAACGCUCGCAGAGGUUCGCAUGUUGAUCGAGCCAGAAAUGAGAAACUUGCCGUCGGUGCAAAUUUUGCUUUAGUGUAACGUGGCGCCCAACGUGGAGCACGACACCUGCAUACCGCGUCCCAUCUGGAUCCAAUUAGCCCCAACCCUGCAGCGAGGAGCGAGUGUGUGACUCGAGUCCCUGCCCGCGCUGCUGUUUUUAUCCACCGUGGCAGCCUGUUGUGUCAUGUCCCAUCGACUUGCGGCGUGCCACUUGAGGGUCAGAUCAGAUGUGACAGGUCUGAAAUAAACAGGCGUGUCGUUUUGAGCAGCAAAGUCCCGGAUUGCUCCACUUGUGUCAGUUUGCGUGUCCGUCACGCGAGGGUUGACUUUGGCCUUGGUUGUCCACAUCGAGGUCACUGUACCAAUCUGGCCAACCUCUCAGUCCAACCCACCCUCCAGACAGCGUGCAAGUUCUGCCGUCGCCCUCCCUGGAGGAUGAGCGAUGUGUCCACUCUGGACUAUGAGCUGCUUUUGCCGGGGCCUUCGUUCGCUGGGGUUCCCAGCAGCCCACCUUUUGGCGGAGACACCGAGCAAAGGACGGCUUUCGCGUUCGUUGGUCUCCUGAUGCUGUUUUUGGUUUUCCUUUUGGUGCGUUGCUUCCGGAUAUUGCUGGACCCCUACAGCCGAAUGCCCGCUUCCUCUUGGACCGAUCAUAAGGACGGCUUCGAGCGGGGCCAGUUUGACUAUGCCUUGGUGUAGUCACAUGACCGAGAGAGCCUUAGCCCAAUGGCGCCGACUACGCCAAAGGCAAAGCACCUUGAAAGUUGCGCAUACCAAUGUACGCUACUUUCCCAACACAUCUUAAUUAACAGGGUCGUCCAUUUCUUCUGCUGUAGCUGCUUCUUCCUCAGGACGGUCUUCAACAAACGCACGCGGAGCAUGAAGCCAGUGGUUCAAGGUGCCCAACACUAUAAAGGCUAGAUAUGUCA